AUGACAUAUCCAAAGAAUGUCGGCAUCAAGGCCAUGGAAAUAUAUGUGCCUGUACAGUGUCUGGACCAAUCACUGUUCGAGAAGCACCAGGGUGUUUCAACUGGCAAGUAUACCAUCGGGUUAGGCCUCAAAUACAUGAAUUACUGUACCGAUAGAGAAGAUGUUUGUUCGCUAGCUUUGACGGCAGUGUCGUCUCUGCUUCAAAAAUAUGACAUCGAUCCCAAGAGCAUCGGCCGUCUCGAGGUGGGCACCGAGUCCCUGAUUGACAAGGCAAAAUCCGUAAAGUCAGUUCUCACGACACUAUUCGAACCCUCCGGCAACACAAGCCUCGAAGGUGUCGAUAACCUCCACGCCUGCUACGGCGGCACAAAUGCCUUAUUCAACGCCAUCAACUGGGUGGAAUCGCGUUCGUGGGAUGGACGUGAUGCCAUAGUUGUCGCAUCCGACAUAGCUCUCUACAAAGAAGCUUCCUCGCGUCCCACUGGUGGUGCGGGUUGUGUAGCUAUGCUUAUUGGUCCCAACGCAGCGCUUUCGUUGGAGCCGAGUCUGAGAGGCGUCUAUAUGACGAAUACGUAUGAUUUCUAUAAGCCGGAUCUGAAAUCCGAGUUCCCGACUGUCAAUGGUCAUGAGUCUAUCACCUGCUAUAUCAGCGCUCUUGAUGCAUGCUACAAGGAUCUAUUUCAUCGAGCUAAUGCCACUAAUGGAAACUCCGAUGGUGACAGCAGGAUAUCGAAGAAAGUUCUUGAUCUUUUUGAUUACAUGGCGUUUCACACUCCCAAUUGUAAGCUGGUCAGUAAGUCGUACGGACGACUCAAAUACAAUGACUGUCUAAGGUCAACCGAUCCUUCUGACUGGGAGGGAAUUCCCAAUGAGCUCCGUGGUCUCAGUUAUGAUGAAUCUCUGAGGAAUAAAAUCCUUGAGAAAAGCCUUGUGGCUGUGACGGAAUCCCAAUUCAAGAAGCGAGUCGAGUCUUGCAUUGUUGCACCGUCUUUAUGCGGUAACAUGUACACGGGCAGUCUCUAUUGCUCUCUCAUCAGCCUCAUAAGCAACAUCGAUCUUCCCACCGCCGAAGGCAAAGUUAUUGGCAUGUUCAGCUACGGAAGCGGUGCUGCAAGUACCUUGUUUGCUUUAAAGGUUACGGGUGACCUCACAACAAUGGUCCAGAAAAUCGAUUUGAUGACUCGUCUGAAGCAAAGACAUAUCUCUACACCAGAGGAGUACGAACUGGCUUGCGAUCUUCGCUUGAAAGCCUAUGGGAAGAAUAAUUAUAUACCCGCCGGCGAUAUCACUUCAUUGCUGCCUGGGACAUUCUAUUUGGAUGGAAUCGAUGAGGCCUUCAGAAGAACUUAUGUUAUCAAGAAGAAUUGA